GCCGGCAGCGGACCCCCAGGGCAGGCCGCGCCCGCGGCGGGCGAGGCCCCACGCGGGCCCGCCUGCGGCGGCACGGGCCUCGCGGCGGCCAGAGGCGAGCUGCUGCUGCAGGCCACUCGGCAGCUGUCGGUGCUCUCCGCGCGGGACCUCGAGCCCGGCGCGCUGCGCGGCGCCGGGGCGCCGCAGACGGUCCAGGUCCAGUACGGCGCGGCCAGCGCCAGCGUGGGCGUUGUGGCGCGGGGCCGCCGGUGCAGCGAGCUGCCUGGCCCAGCGGCGCGUUCCGUGCCGCUG